AUUUCUUCUCUCUUCUCAUUCCUCCCCAAGCUGUAAACAAUUCCCAGCAUCAAAUCCGCAAGAUAUAUGAAUUGAACACGACGAGGAGGAAGGUAGGAUCAGAUCAACAUCAAGAACUCGCUAUAGUAUGGGUGAAGAAUCGAGGAAGUGGAUCCUACUCAUAGCGUCGAUAUGGGUUCAAGCAUUCACAGGAACUAACUUCGACUUCUCGUCCUACUCGUCGGAUCUGAAAUCGGUGCUUGACAUAACUCAGCUUCAGCUCAAUUAUCUGGCGGUGGCUUCCGACAUGGGCAAGCUAUUUGGAUGGUGCUCUGGUCUGUGUUUGCUGUAUCUUCCUCUGUGGAUCAUCACGCUCAUAUCUGCGUUUCUCGGCGUUGUUGGUAACGGCCUUCAGUGGCUCGUCAUUCAGAAAAUCAUCUCUUUGCCUUAUGUUCUGGUAUUUCUUUCAUGUUUAGCAGCCGGGUGCAGUAUCUGCUGGUUCAACACAGUGUGCUAUGUCAUUUGCAUAAAAAAUUUCACAUCAAGUAUUCCUCUUGCAUUAUCUCUAAGCAUCAGCUUCAAUGGUGUAACUGCAGCAUUAUACACUUUCCUUGUCAACUCAGUAAAUUCCAGCGAUGACGCUCUCUACCUCUUGCUUAACGCACUCAUUCCUCUACUAAUUUCAAGCGUCACACUAAUCCCGAUCACGAUUCUCUAUCAGCCGGCACGUCCCCUUCCAUCAUCCGACUCCAUUCACCACCGCGACUUCCCCGUCUUCAUCGGCCUCUACAUCCUUUCUCUCAUCACAGGCCUCUAUCUCCUUAUCCUUGAUGAUAUUUCCACUAGCACGACUUGGGCACGUAUUACCCUUGUAGGUGCUAUUUUUCUGCUAGUGCUUCCAUUGUUCAUGCCUAGGAUUGUGUAUGCCAGAGAUCAAUGGACUUGUCUGCGAAACUUGAGUUUGGAUGUGACUAAACCGGAUGAUGGUGAUUAUGAUAAUGAUGAGCUUAAUAAAGGGCUGAUUGGUAGUGGUGAUAAUGAUGAUGGUGAUGAGGAAAGUACAGGAAAUGGGAGUGUUGGUGUGACUUUCACAAGGAAGAAGAAGUGUGGUUUUGUUAAGGAGAUGAUGGAGAGAGACAAGAUGAGAGUCAUUUGUGAAGAACAUUCAGCGAGGCUCUUGUUGAGAAGGUGGGACUUUUGGUUGUACUAUGUAGCAUAUUUGUGUGGAGGUACGACUGGAUUGGUUUACUGUAACAACUUGGGGCAAAUUACGAAGUCAUUGGGAUUCAGUUCGGAGACUAGUUCUGUGAUUUCGUUAUAUUCCAUUUGUUCUUUCUUUGGUCGUCUUCUUGCUGCUGGCCCUGACUUCCUGAGCAACUGGAACAUACACUUUGCAAGGACAGGAUGGUACACAAUUGGCAUGGUUCCAACACCAAUUGCAUUCACAUUGCUUGCAGCAUCUGGAAGUGAAGCGUCUCUGAGAAUAAGCACUGGCAUGUUAGGAUUAAGUUCUGGCUUCCUCUUCUCUGAAGCAGUGUCCAUUACUUCUGAGUUGUUUGGUCCAAACAGUGCUCCUGUGAAUCACAACAUCCUCAUCACCAACAUACCCAUAGGUUCAUGUCUUUUUGGCCUUAUUGCCGCUUUGGUUUAUGACUCCAACGCCGAGUCCUCGACGCGCAUAAGCUGGAUGCUUAGUAUGUCUAUGUGCACAGGAAGGAAGUGUUACUUCCAAACUUUCAUAUGGUGGGGCUGUAUUUCCAUGGCAGGUUUGGUUUCAAGCUUGCUGCUUUUCGUGCGAACUAGGAUAGCUUAUGACAAUUUUGAAAGAAACAGAAAGAGAAAUACAACACAAACUGAUUAGUUUUAGAAUGUAGGAUAGGACAUCUUGUUUUGUACUGUGUCCACAAAUACGAUAUAAAGGAAUGUUGAAAGUCUCAUGAUGAGGUCUUUGAAUGCAUGUAUAAUGACAUGUAAAAACAUUGUCAUUUGCAUUUAAUUAGAUAAAUAUUAGGCUUG